AUGCCGCUAAAUGCAGACGACAUCGCUAAACGUUAUCCAAUUCAUUGGCUCGUUUGGAAUAACGAGCAUGAAGAACUCAAAAACUUAUUGGAAGCUAAUAAGUUCACAAAAGAGGAUAUAGAACUGCGGGAUCCUCGCGGACGCACUCCCCUCUUGCUGGCUGUGACUCUGGGAUACAUAGAGGCGGUUCAAGCCCUGAUCGACGCUGGUGCUGAUGUCAACUGCGAAAAAGAUGGCUGGACAGCGGUACAGGAGGCGACGGCGACUGGCGACCCGCAGUUGCUGUCGCUGGUGUUGUCUCGGCGCGACAAACAGCGUCACUUGGCGCGAUCUAGUGGUGUGCCCGAUCUGUUGCGUCGGCUCAGCCUCGCACCCGACUUCUACGUCGAGAUGAAAUGGGAGUUCACCAGCUGGGUACCGCUGGUGUCACGCAUCUGUCCGUUCGACACAUACAAGGUGUACAAGCGCGGCGCGAACGUACGCGUCGAUACCACUCUCGCCGGCUUCGACGAGUCCCACUGGCAGAGAGGAGAGCGGACGUAUAUAUUCAGGGGACAAGGCACGCGCGCCAGCCUGGUGGAGCUGGACCACGAGCUGGGCACGGCGUGGAGCGAACACAUGGAGGCGGACGUGCCCUGCGACUGGCCGCCGCCGCCCCGUGCCGCGCUGCAGCAGCGCCUCGCCGCGCCGCUCGCACUCAACUACCUCGAUACUGACAAGAUCAGCUUCGAGAGGUCAGUGCCCCGCCCCGCGCCGCUCGCGCUCAACUACCUUGACAGCGAUAAGAUCGGCUUCGAGAGUGACUCCGCCCCGCCCCGCGCCGCGCUGCAGCAGCGCCUCGGCGCGCCGCUCAACUACCUCGACACCGAUAAGAUCGGCUUCGAGAAGUCAGUGACCCCGCCCCGCCCCGCGCCGCGCUGCAGCAGCGCCUCGGCGCGCCGCUCAACUACCUCGACACCGAUAAUAUCGGCUUCAAGAGGUGAGUGCCCCCGCCUCGCCCCGCGCCUGGCCGCACAGGAGCAGUGCCUCGCCUCGCCGCUCGCGCUCAACUACCUCGACACCGAUAAGAUCGGCUUCGAGAAGUCAGUGACCCCGCCCCGCCCCGCGACGCGCUGCAGCAGCGCCUCGGCGCGCCGCUCAACUACCUCGACACCGAUAAUAUCUGCUUCAAGAGGUGAGUGCCCCCGCCUCGCCCCGCGCCUGGCUGCGCAGGAGCAGUGCCUCGCCUCGCCGCUCGCGCUCAACUACCUCGACACCGAUAAGAUCGGCUUCGAGAGGUCAGUGCCCCCGCCCCGCUCCGCGCCGCGCUGGCAGCAGCGCCUCGCCGCGCCGCUCGCGCUCAACUACCUCGACACCGAUAGGAUCGGCUUCGAGAGGUCAGUGCCCCCGCCCCGCUCCGCGCCGCGCUGCAGCAGCGCCUCGCCGCGCCGCUCGCGCUCAACUACCUCGACACCGAUAGGAUCGGCUUCGAGAGGUCAGUGCCCCCGCCCCGCGCUGCAGCAGCGCCUCGCCGCGCCGCUCGCGCUCAACUACCUCGACACCGAUAAGAUCGGCUUCGAGAGGUCAGUGCCCCCGCCGCGCCCCGCGCUGCAGCAGCGCCUCGCCGCGCCGCUCGCGCUCCACUACCUCGACACCGAUAAGAUCGGCUUCGAGAGGUCAGUGCCCCCGCCGCGCCCCGUGCCGCGCUGCAGCAGUGCCUCUCCGCGCCGCUCGCGCUCAACUACCUCGAUACCGAUCGGCUUCGAGAAGAACAAAAGCGGCAUCUGGGGCUGGCGUCAGGACAAGACAGAGACGGUGAACGGGUACGAUUGCAAGGUGUUCAGCGCGAACAACGUGGAGCUGGUCUCGAAGAGCCGCAGCGAGCACCUGCCGCGGAGCGAGAGAGCGCGCGCCGCGCCUCGCGCGCCGCUGCACGGCCUGCUGGCGCUCGCCGACCGGGACGAGCCCGCGCCCGCCUCGCCCGUUGAGCCCGAACAGGAGGAUCUACCUCGGACCAGUAGAUCACGUGAAGACCUACAACCAGUAACAUGGGCGGAAUAUUUCAGUGAUGAACCCUUAGAGAAGGACAUCGGGCGACCCAAAGAGAUCACUACUAAAGUGCAGAAGUUCAAGGCAACGCUGUGGCUAUGUGAGGACUACCCGCUUGAACUCCAGGAACAGAUAAUGCCGAUCCUCGACCUAAUGACAGCUAUUUCGUCACCACAUUUUGCAAAACUCAAGGAUUUCAUCCAGAUGCAACUUCCGGCAGGAUUCCCAGUGAAAAUUGAGAUCCCGUUGUUCCACGUGGUGAACGCACGGAUCACGUUCGGCAACAUUUUCGCGACGGAGGUGGCAGUGCCGCACGUGGAGUGCAUUCGCGAGGGCGCGCGCCUGACGUGCGUGGUUGACGACGCGUGCUUCGAGCUGGGCCGCGGCUACCGGCAGCUGGCGCCCGGCCUGCGGGAGUCCAGCGGCACGGACGACGAGGACGCGCUGCUGCAGUACGCCAUACAGCAGAGCCUCAUGGAGGCCGGCACGCACGAUGACCAGGUGGACGUGUGGGAAGCGCUGCGCGGGGCGCGUCCCGUGUCCCCCGCGAGCCCUGCGUCCCCCGUGUCCCCCGCGGAACCCCCUCCGCACCACGGGCUGCUGGCUGCUGAAGAACGACAGCUGCAGAGAGCGAUAGAGGCGUCGCUAUCGUUGUCCAAUCCCGUGGCGGAGGCGGAGCUGCUGAGUGGAGCGGAAGCGGAUGCGGCAGCGGGCGCGGACGAGGAAGCGGAGGCGGAGCUGCGGGCGGCGCUGGCAUUGUCUGCGCGGGAGCAGGCGGACCUCGACCGACAGCUGCGGGACGAACAGAGAGCUUUAGACGAAGCUCUACGGUUGUCGCUCAUCGACAAGUAA